AUGUUUAAUACCAAAUGCUUAUUUUUAUUUUUAUUUAUUUAUCGCAAGAAUUUAGUGGAAUCCGCUGAUACAUCAGCUGGUGCAAGUCCAAGCCAUGGACCAGCACCUGCUUCAACAAAUAGUGGAUCUUAUCAAGGUUCGGGAACUCGUAAAGAUGCCAAGGCUGGUUCUUCAUCAACUGCAGAUCCUAAAACGGCUUCAACUGGUACACCCGGAUCGAGUGAAGAUCCAAAGAAAGACGGAAAGACAUCUAGCGUUGCGUCUCCAGAAGAUACCGGUACCGGUCAAUCUGCAAAAACUGGUACUCAACAAUCAUCUACUCCGGCUACUAGAACUGGUACUCAGCAAUCGUCUACUCCAGCUACUAGAACCGGUCAAUCGGCGAGUAGUCCACCAGCGGGUGGAGCUAGUCUAACGUCUGGAGGUUCACAAGCUGCUAGAAAUGGUCAGACUGGUAGCGCUCAAGCUGCUAGAACUGGUUCUCAACAACCUUCAAGUCCACCAGCAGGAGGAGGUACAGCUGCUAGAACUGGUACUCAAGGCGGAGCUGGAUCACCACCUAAUCCUACCAGUUGUACCGAUAACAGUGCUAAACUAACUACUCCAGCAGCAAAUCUUAGUGGAUCAUCACCAACUAAGGAAGGCAGCGACACCGAUUCAAGUUCCGGAGGGGGUAAGGAAACAAGCUGUGGUGGCAGUGGUGGAGCUGGAUCACCAGCUUCCACUACAGGAGCUAGUCCUACCAGUGGUACCGAUGAUAAGGCUAAGGCUAGUGUAACCACUAAGAAGACAGGUGUUGAAGUUUGCAUUAAAAACAAUAACAAGGCUACCGAUCAGUUUGAUUAUAAAAAAGAUAAUAACGUAGUGACUUAUUCUACUAAAGAAGACUAUGGUUUCAAACUGGUUAAACAGAAAAACAUUGAAAUAUGGAAAGCUAAAGAUGAAAAAGGCUAUGCUAGAAAAGUAGUUUUGAAAGGGAAGGGCAAAGGGGAGAAAACAGUUACAGUUUAUAUGCCUCUUGGUACCACUGACCAAUUCCGGAAAGAAGGUAAGGGUAAGCCUUGGAACGUAGCGGGCCAGCCUGGUAACCAACCAGCAACUAAAAAAUCUUCUUCUAUUGGAUCAUCAGAUACCUGGGAUAAAAUAAAAGGAUGGUUAUCAGGCUUGAAUUGCAGUGGAUGCUCUUGUGGGUCAUCAACAUCUACAGCUCCAGACAAUCACAGUCCUGAUAUAAGUCCUAGAGGAGGUACUAAUAAAUCCAAUCUUAUCGGAUCAUCAACAUCAGAUGGAAGUAGUAGAACUGGCGGGAGCACACAUACAGAUGGAGCUAGUCAACGUAGCGGUGGAUCUGCUAAAGCCGGUGGUACAACUUCACAAUCUAAUGGAAGUAGUGGCACACAUACAAGUUCUGAAAAGGCUAAAGAAAGUGGGACUGGAACCGGUACCAGAACAGGUGGAUCUGCUCAAGGUGGAGGUACACGUACAAGUCCUGAUGGAACUUCUCAACAAGGCGGUACAGCAUCAUCACAACCUAAUCAACAUAAAGGUGCUCAACAAACAGGAACAUCUCAAAGUACUCUUACUGAAUUACAACAGAACGAAUAUCCUAAGAAUAUCAAACUGUUCAAAGUUGAUCCUAACGAUAACACAAAGACUAUAGAACUUACUUCCAAUGAGUAUAAAGUCAAAAAGAUGGACAAUGAACAUUUAUACGAGUUCAACGAAGGUGUCAAUUGCACUUUAAUUAAACGUGACGACAAAGAUGUUUGGACUUACGAUAGUUCCAAAUCAAAUUCCAAGUACCCUGACGGCUUUUCAUUCGAGAGAUUUAUAUUUAUUUAUUUUAAUGGCUGUACUGAUGUUUAUGAUAAAAUUGACAACGAGUGGGUACUGUGCGUGUCAUUAAGAUUAUACAUAAACAAGCCAGAUGUGGUGGACAGUGGUCAACUUGACUUAGCCGAAAUAAACAAACUUAAUUCUGAAUUUACGCCAUUAGGGCAAAUUGACCCCCCACCUGUGCCGAGCUUCCCGAAAAUCGAGCCUAAAAUCGCGCUGAGUUAA